AAUUUUGCUCUUGACGGGUUCGGUACGAAGUUUAAUUGCUUACGGAAAAAAAUAAUAAAUUGAGAUUAUAAGUGAAAUAUUAUAUUAAUAAAACGCUUUGAAGAAGUAUACAAUUUCAAAACGGUAGUUGGAAAAAAAGAGAAAUGUUAGAUGCAUUAAAACUAUAAUAAUAAUGCCAAAUUAGAACAGGAAACAAACAUACAACAACACCCCAAAAAAACAAGCUCAACAGCAAACAAAAUGUCCUCACUGAAAGCCGAGGAAAAAUUGCAAACUCUAAUCGAUUAUAACCACAACAACGAUGGCAAAGAUAAAAAUCAUUUUCAAUUUCGUUGUUGGUUUAUGAAGCAAUUUGAAGAGACUCAUCAGGCUGAUGAUGAUGCCUGUAGCUUGGAAGAUUUUACCGUGUAUUUUCUUAAUUCUUUGAGGCAACACACAGAGGCACAUUUAAAAGCAACAGGAGGAGUAGGAGGCAGUGAUACUCCAAAAUGUCAAACACCUGUUAAAACGGCAAAGCCCAAUUUAACCCAAGACGACUCAUUGGCGGCACGUUUCUUAACAAGUUAUCAGGAUAAUAAUACCUCAACACCAAAUAAAAGCAUUCGUAAUGAAUUGUCGCAAACAUCGCAUGCCGAUUGGACUUCGAAUUCCAUGCCACGCCUUAGCACCUCAGUGGAUCGUUCGAAUGCCUCACACAAGAAUUUGACCUCAACUCCCGUUAAACGCAAUGUUUCGGGCAAUAAUUCAAGACGCCUAUCCACCACACCAGGGUCAACCAAUAAAAGUGCCUCAACAAGUAUAUGUUUGGGUGAUUUCCUAGUUGUUAACACAUCAACGGGCCACAAUCGUUCCAAUAAAAAGAAAAAUACAUCCGCCACAAAUGUAACACAAGGCGGUGGGGGUGGAGGAGUUGGAGGUGCUGCCGCUGCUGCAGAGAAACCCAAAAAACGUGUACAGCCCAUAAGCAUUAGCAAGAAAGUUGACAAAUCUGCAAAUAACUCCUCGGUUUUUGCUGGGGAAAGUUCUUUUAGCAAUGAAAAUAAUAUUUUGAAAAUUUCCCACACCGAGGUGGAGGACAAAGAACAAUGUGCCAUAUUGGCGGCACGCAAAAUACUCAAAUCGAAUGCCAGCGAAAUCACCAAAGAACUGGUGGGCACCUCCCCAGCACCGGCACCAGGCAAUGCUCUGGCAUCAUCAGGCCUUGUGGUGGCAAGUACUCCCACAAAAUCCAAAAAUCUCUUGGCCAUGGAUGAUAUGUCUUUGGAUUUUGAAGAUUUGGCAGAGAAUAAAUUACUACACAGACUGGCUGAUAUUUAUGUAAUUUUAAUCGACAAUCAUUUGACCACCAAUUUUUUGAAUGAUUUGUCAUUUCUAUUGAAUCUCCUGAAUGCCAUGCCAUCCGUUUCCCCAGAUAUUGUGGCUGAUGCUUUCAAAAAACUCGAAUUGCAAGAAACGGAAACAAACCCAUCUAAGAUUUUACAAUGUUUGGAAAAUUUACGCUAUGCCAUUUAUUUUGCCUUGCUCAGCCUGUGUCAGCUAAAGGAACGUUUAGUCCAGCUGGAUAGUAAAACUUUAAAGGUUGUGUUAACCAAUGAACGUUUUUCCUAUUUUCCUGAGGCCACUCGUAGCUAUUUGCUGGACAUCUAUCAGCGGAAACAACAAAUAAUUGCCGAAAAUCCCAUGCAUGAUGCCUCCUUCUGUUUGGAUACAAAAACGACUGGGCAGAAUAAUGUCUAUUUUCAACAUGAACAGGACUCACGGCACAACUUUACCUCCCAACAGGAAUUUGCCAAUUUUCGACCACAACGAGAUUUGUUUUGCAAGUGCCUUAAGUUGUGGGAGGCCAAUCACUUAAAUCCCAAUUGGAAAUUUGCCGUGGAAAUUAAACCCAUUAUACGAGAAAUUUUCCAACAGUCCGAGAACUGUGUGAAUAUGGCCCAUUUUGCAAAAUUGUUUGUUUCCCAACUACUGCUGUCGGCCUCAAGUGCUGCCACACCCGAAGAGAUUGGCCUAGAAGUGGAUUUGCAGAAAUUCUCCAAGCUAACACAACGUCUAAUUGCUCCAAGUCAAUUUAGUGUUGACUAUCAGUUUCCUCGAGCCCAGGCAUUUUUUCGUGAUUUCAUUUUAAAUUCCCGCUCCUUGGCAUUUGUGGAACAACUGAAAAUGGAACUUUACAGUGAACUGUUGUCAUUGAACGAUUCCACCUUUGAUCACAUCAGCAUCACCAAGGCCGACAAUGAGCCAGAUAACAAUGAUAAUUCAUUGAUUGCCGAUAUGGGCCAGCAUGAACAGGUGGCCGUGAGACCAGACGUUUUAAAUUCCAUGUUAAUUUUGGCCAAAUUUCUGGGAUUCACCAUUUGCAUGCCAUUUGUCAGUCAGGCGAAUGGCAGCAAUGUCGUAAUACCACCCGCCAUGGAAAAGAAACAGCUACGCCUAAGAUCUUUAAUCCAGCCUGGAUUCGAUCUACACACAGUACUACAGGAAGGCAUAGAACAGGGAAAGCUAUUAAUUACCAUACCAUGGAUGGUUCAAUACCUAUGUAUGCUGGACAGCAUUACCAUACAGCUGGAGAUCUACAUAAAAACUUUGAAACUAAUGUUUGCCUUGUAUUGGUAUUUGGGUGGCAGUAAUGUUGGCAAGACUUCAUUGAACCCAACAUCAUGUUUUAUGAUAGCCUCCUGCCUUGGCUGGUUAUUUGAUUCCCAACAGUACCUAAUAGAGCAAUACUAUCAAUUUCGCUCGGAUCUAAAUGAGAAUAAAGAAAUCUUGGAUUAUCUAAAGGCUAAAUUGGAGAGUGGCCAAGAAGAUGGCCAGCACCAGCAGAUAUGCCCCAGCAGUGCGGAACUUAAUUUAAAUCCUCUUUUGGAAUCACUACUGCCCGUGGCCUGUCCAUUUUUGGGUGAAUUCAGAGUAUCCAUUAUGCCAGCCAAAUACGCCCAAACAAAAUAUGCCUCAAGAACGGGACGAUAUCGUCACAUUACAACAAGACUGGCAGAAUUAUCGCCUGCAGCCAAGGAGGGCAACAAAUCCUCUCUGGGUUCUCCGCUGGACACUUCCAAGACAACACAAAAAAAUCUCAUGCAGGCCUUUCGCCAGGUCCAAAAUUCGUCAACAAGACAAAUGCUUGGCUUUUGUGCCGAAAGGGCCUACAAAUGUGUCGUCAAAGAUGGCCAACUGAAAAUAUUGCUACCCGCCAAAAGUAAUGCGGACAGUGAAGUAAACGAAAUCUGCUCCUGCGACUAUCCUGUGGUCUUGAAUAAAAUCACAAAAAUCUAUGCCACUGCUCGACGGGAUGCCAUAGCGCAAUGGAAUGAGGCGAUACCAAAAAUGUUGGAUAAACGCAUUAAAAACUCCUUGGACAGUCUGCUGCCCGAAGAGACGCCAAAUAUUCUAAAGAAAACCUAUUUCAUGCUGAUCAAAAAUGAUGCCGAAAAAAAGAUUAGUCAAUGGUUUUAUGGCAACAUCCUAAGGGAUAACUAUUUUUGUGUGGAACUCCAAUCGAUGGCCAAUAAAUUGUGUUCGGUCAAUAAGACCAAACAGCCGUCGGAACUGAAAAUUGUCAAAGAAGUGCCCAGAGUGUCGGAGCUAAUCGACAACCUUCAAUAUUGGCUACAUUGUACUUCAUUGCGCAUUGAAUUAUUUAAGGAUUCCAAGCCCAUUGUUGAUCUCAUGCAUAACAUCGUGCAGUCAUUCGAAAAUGUAUUGCCCACAAUUUUAUAUCGUCUGAUGGCCACCAAUAUUAUACAGCUAUUACAGCACAUCAUUACCGCAAAUUGUGGACAUUUGACAACGGAAUUAAUUGAGGCAUCCUGUCAGGUAUUAAUCCAUCCAAAUAUGCGCAAGGCAUUGGAAACAUCAUCCCAAAAUUCCCCAAAAAAUACAGACGAAGAACAACAACAACUGUCAUCUGCCACCCCUGCACCUAACAACGCCUAUGAUGGCCUGGUAACAAUAGCUUUCCUCCAAACUCUAGCCUUACGCUCAGAAUGUUAUACAGCAUUUGGUACCCUACUCAUUGCCAUGAUACGGAGACAUGUCAUCUCCUUGAGUUACACCAAUAGUCUAUUUGUGAAUAUUUUCAAAUAUGAUUGGCAUCCCCAGCAAUUGAAUGAAAUUUCAAAUAUGUUAAGAAAUAUUGCCCAGAAUACAAAGGAUGUUUCCAACACUUGCAGUGAUGAUAGCAUUGGCGGCGGCGGCGACGACGAGGAUGAUGAUGAAAAAUCGAAUUUGUUUAUGGAUAUGUUGGCUGAUUUGUCGAGAGAUAUUGAUUUAUAUUAAGUUUGAAGGUGUUUUAAUUAUAUUAAUUAGUUAGAAGUUUAUUCAUUUUAAUUUUUUUCUUA